AUGCCGAACAUUAAUAACAAUGCCACUUCUGCACUACCCCGUAGAAGGCAUCAACAGAAUGAAAAAUUGAUGGAAAAGAAGAGUGAGGAAAAGUAUAAGGAUGCUAAAACAAAGUUAACAAAAAAGUUGUUUAAGGAAGCCGCCGAGGAUUUGACGGAAGCCAUUAAUUUUAGACCUCUUCCAAAGUUUCAUUUUCUCAGAGGAAAUUGUUAUAGACACACUCAGGAUUAUGACAGAGCAAUAUUGGAUUACACUAUUGCUAUUGAUACACAAGAGGAAGCAGCCUUUUAUUUGGCAAGAGGAAAAUGUUUUAGAACAAUUGGAAAAAUCAACAAAUCAAUAGCUGACUUUGAUAGAGGUAUUGAUAUUCUUUCUAGACCUUCAGCUCUUCAACCAACAGUCAAUGUAUCAUCACUAAACAACUCGAGAGUGGUGGUGGACACUGCAUCAUCAACAAAUCUCGGAUCUGAAAAUCAAUCAAUCCUGUUUCAACUCUAUGUAGAUAGAGGUUUAAGUUAUUAUGAAAAAGGAGAAAAGAAAUUAGCUAUUGAAAAUUAUGGAAAAGCUAUCCUAAUGAAUGUUACAAAACAGCAAAGUUUGUUUAAGGCAUACUUCCACAGAGGUAAUACUCUCAGAGAAUGUGGAGAGCUCGAUGCCUCCAUCGAAGAUCUCACUAAGGCCGCAGACUUAGAUCCUAAAAAUGCAGCAGUUCACAACAAUUUAGGUUUAAGUUUCUUUGAAAAGAGAAACUUUCCAGGAGCAGAAAAGCGUUUUACUCUUUCUAUUGAAAACGAUCCAACAAAGGGAAUAUAUCACAACAAUCGAGGUCUUGCAUACUACAAGCUGAAAGCAUUUGAAAAGGCAAUAGAAGACUUUUCUUGUGCUCUCAAUCUCGAUCCAGAUGAUGGUAAUAUUUACUUCAACAGAGGUAACACAUUGUUGGCAAUGAAGAGGUAUGAAGAAGCCUUACAAGAUUUUAACCUUGCUAUCAAUAAGGUUGAUACCGAUGAAAACUAUUUCCAUUGUAAAGGUAUUGCUUAUCAGGAAAUGAAUGAUAUUCCUCAAGCCAUUCAAAUGUUCAAAAAAGCUCUUGAAAUUAAUGAAAAGAGUGUUCAAAGCUUGUACCAUCUUGGUUUAAUGUACCAUAUUAAUAAUCAACUGUUUGAAGCCAAAAAACAAUUUACCAAGGCGCUAGAACUAGUUCAUGACCAUAGAAUUUACGAGAGCAGAGGUUUAGUUUACAUGGAUCUGCUGUAUUACGAGUUGGCAAUUCAAGAUUUUUCAGCCGCAAUAAGAAUUGUUCCCGAUUCUCCAAAUAAUUUCUUCCACAGAGGUAAAUGCUUCCUGUGGUUGGAAAGAUAUACUGAAGCUGUUGAGGAUUUUAAUACAGCAUUCAAACAACACUGUGACGACCCACAAGUGUUUAAUGCAAGAGCUAUGGCUUAUAAGCAUUUGAAAAAGCAUGAUGAAGCUAUUUCUGAUUUAUCCUCUGCAAUUAAGUCUGAUGAGAACAAUGUUGAAUAUUACUUUAACAGAUCUCAAUGUUUUUUCGAUUUGAAGAAUUAUAGACAAGCUUUGAAAGACUUGGAUACAAGUUUAGAAAUUGAAAAAUCAGAACCAAAGCUAUACUAUCUCAGAGGGUUGACUUAUUAUGAAAUGAAGAAUUAUAAGAUGGCUAUCAAGGAUUUCAAAGGUGCUCUAAGGUUGAAGAAUCCUCAAACUGGCGCGCUGAUUUCUUCAUUUGUUCAAGGUGAGCCAACCUUUGGUCAUGAUUGUUUCUAUCACAUGGGAUUGUGUUAUUGUUUCCUUGAGAAGUAUGAAUACGCUGUAGAAUCAUUUUCAAAAGCUGUCGACCUCAUAUCAGAUAAGGAGAAUGUUCAUACCAAAGAGUCGUCUGCUGCUUUAAUAAUCGAUGAUAACAUGUUACAUGCAGUUUAUCACCACGAAAGAGCCAAAGCAUACCAAAUAAUAGGAAUGAACGAAAGAGCAUUGGAGGAUUUCACAACAGUUAUCAAAUAUCAACCAGACAAUGCACAUGCAUACUUUAGGCGAGCUUUUGCAUGGAAAGCUCUUGAGAGAUUUGAGGAGGCUGCUGAAGAUUUUGAGAAGGCAAAAUCUCUGCAACCCAAUAACCCUAAUUUAGUAGUCAACUACAAGAAGAUAUACGAUAUUGCAUUUGUAGAGCUAUGUAAACCAGGUUCAGAGCACCUUUAUUAA